AUGGCGCAUCAGAACGGACCUCGAUGUGAAAAGCCCUCCUGGUACUACACAGACCCCAUCCAGCGGGAACUAAGCGCGAUUUUCAACGGCUUGAAACAAGACCUCUCAUUCAUGGGAUGCAUCUCGCUGGGUAAGGACGGGGUUCUACGAUCGCUGACUGCCGAUCGCGACGUCGUGGACGCGGCUGGUUUAACCCCCAAUCAAAUCGCAGCCUGCAUACGUCGCUAUCCGACUGGGUUUGUAAAUGAAGCUGAGUUUGCCGGCGUGGAUGGAACUAAGGUCCCAAGAGAACUGUGGUUUGCGCCGGACAAGAACAUCCUGCCGCCCCCGUUAAGUGACGAGGCUAAGCAGCUCUCGAGAAAGGUUGUCGAUGAGAAUCAUGAAUUGUUUCACAGCAGGAGGGAGGAAUUGAAGCAGAAAUAUGGCGAGCAGGAGAAUGGCAAUGAUCAUGGUGAUAGCCAGGCUGAUGUUUGA